AUGUGGUGCCAACUACUCGGUCUAGCAGCCCUUGGACUUUCAAGCCCAACCUCGGCCGACUGGACUGGCUCUGGGUCGGAUUGGGUCUGUAACUCGGGCAUCUACGGGCAAUAUGCUCAAUUGGCACACUACGGACCAGCGGAGCAGUAUUGUGCUGCCCGUUUCCCUGAGCCGGCCGUCACUGUCACUGUCACGGCUUCCGCUCACUCUCAUGGCUGGUCUCACAAGCGUUCGUGGGCACCGCCGAACCCACUCAACUCGCUGCUGCAGCAGUUAGAGCAGUUGCCACCACAUGAACAAGAGACGGCUUGUUCGUGCAUCGAGGUUCCAGCAACCAUCACAGUUACUGUCGAACCUACCUGGAAGACUAAGACUUCAACGGGUGCGAUCACAUCCUCUACUUCGAGUCCCAUCACCACAAUAGCUGCCACCACUACUCCUAUACCUACGACUACCACCACGACUCCUAUACCUACGGCUACAACUACGACUAGUGCUGUGCCUACUACCACGACUACCACCACGUCAACUACAACGACUACCACAACUACUACAACAACUACUACAACAACUACUACAACAACUACUACCACAACAACUACUACUACAACUACUACAACACAAUUCACCUCCUGCCCGACCGACCAGGCGAUAGUCCCCGGCCCAGGCUGUGGCCAGUGCCAGUGGACAGUGUACUGCGGCACACAGCUGACGUAUCUCGACUCGAACCCGAACUGGGACAUAUUGCCACAGCCCAGCUACGAGGCGUGCCUGGAAGAGUGCGACAGCAACGGCUUUUGCGAUGCCUUCACCUACAACGACGCCACGGGGGAGUGCCACCAGUUCCUCUACUCGGACGAGAUCUCGUUUAUCCCAGCCUCUGCGGGCUGGGAUAGCGGCGUCUUCAUCGAAGGCACCUGCAGCAAUUUUAACUGUGCCGCCUACGAGUGCCCGAGCGAUAACCCCGAGUGCCCCUCUGCGACGUAG